AUGUCCAACGUCAACUACGGCACCACCCCGGCCGAGGGCGCCAGCGUCGCCCCCGCUCUCGGUUCCGUCAACGGCAGCACCGCCGUGAGCGCGGGGAAGCGAGCCGACCUCGGUGGACGCGGGUCCCAAGACGAUGGCUUCGCGCCCGAGGCUGCCAUGAUCGUCGAACCUGCCCGCCAGGAGGACCUCCAGCGCAGCUAUGCCACCAUUGUUGACUCCAACGCGAACCCCAAGGGCUGGUACGGUUCCAUGAUCAACAGCUUCGGCGGCUGCAUCGGCACCAUCGGCGCCUUCCCCUGCUGCCCCUUCCCCAACCCCUACAAGAACGUCAGCCAGGGCCACGUCGGCCUCGUCACCAAAUUCGGCAAGUUCUACAAGGCCGUCGACCCCGGCCUCGUCAAGAUCGCCGAGGUGCCCCAGCAGACCUGCAUGACCAAGGACAACGCCGCUUUCGGCAUCUCCAACGUCCGCCAGGCCCUCAUCGAGCGCACCCAGACCACCCUCCGCCACGUCGUCGGCGCCCGCAUCCUCCAAGACGUCAUUGAGCGCCGCGAGGAGAUUGCCGGCUCCAUUAGCGAAAUAAUCGAGGAUGUCGCCACGGGCUGGGGCGUCAGGGUUGAGAGCAUGCUCAUCAAGGACAUCAUCUUCAGCCAGGAGCUCCAGGAGAGCUUGUCCAUGGCUGCCCAGAGCAAGCGUAUCGGUGAGAGCAAGAUUAUCGCCGCCCAGGCCGAGGUCGAGUCCGCCAAGCUCAUGCGUCAAGCCGCCGACAUCCUCUCGUCUGCUCCUGCCAUGCAGAUCCGCUACCUCGAGGCUAUGCAGGCGAUGGCCAAGUCUGCCAACAGCAAGGUCAUCUUCCUGCCCGCCGCGAACCAGACCAUGCCCAACCCCGCCGUCUUCAACAAGGACCUCGGCGAGUCGUCCGUCCAGGGUGACGACUUUGGCCACGACUUUAGCAAGAUCGACGCCGGUCUCCAGCAGGCCGUCAACGCCCGCAUCGUCGAACACAUCUAA